AAUCGGCUUUAGUGUUUGAUUUUAUUUCUUUUCUUCGUAUUUCGGUUUUCCAAACUAAGUUCAACUGAGCUCUGAAUUGAGAUUUUCAGGUACGCCGGCCAUGCUUGCCAUAAAUUUCAGUCGCUGGAUCAAUUCGACCUGUUUUGACGAAAUACUUUCUUGAUUCGAUAUGAUUCUUCUGACUUGGUCUCUCUUUCUGGGAUGGAUUUUUCCGAUUUUACGGUCUACGGAAGGAGAUGGAAAAGAGUCCUUUGAGAAGUAGUAAUAACGGUAGCAGUAGCGGUAUCACCAGUGACGACAGAGAUAGAAGCGGAGGGGACGGGGGGUUAUUAAGAGCGAGCUGAGAGAUUAACAUAAGGCAAACGACAUCGACUGAUUUUGUCUUGCAAUGGGGUAACUGGAAGUGGCUCUGAUGCAUGACAGUACAGGUCAAGGACGACUCGGCCACCCCGGCCCAUCGGACAACUGUUCGGGUCAUCAGAACCGACAAGGACACUUUAAAUCAACCGAGCACUGCUACUGCUAAUAAUAAUGGUAGUAAUAAUGACGGUAAUGGUUACUUUAAUCUCCGUCAACGGCCCUCUUUGCCUCCACCUCCGCGUCUCAGCGUAUUCUCAGUUUCAGUGGUCUGCAACUCAAAGCUAGGUGAGGCAUAUGAUGAACACGCUGCAACGAAGCUCUCCGAUGACGUCUCUGCUGGUUUCACAAGCAUUGACUGCGGGGCUAGUGGAGAUUACAAGGACAAUGAAACUGGUCUAUUUUAUGAGUCAGACAUGAAAUAUAUAGACACAGGAGAAAUUCACCAGCCAUCUCCUAACCUCACCGAAGGGCUUUAUAAACAGCAGGUGAAGAAUUUGAGGAGCUUUCCUCACGGAACAAGGAAUUGUUACACCCUGAUACCCAAACAAGGUGCAAAUAAUAAUUAUCUCAUCAGAACAGCCUUUAUGUAUGGGAACUAUGACAACAAGAAUCAGUUCCCAAUAUUUGACCUGUACCUAGGUGUUAAUAAAUGGGUGACUCACAAUGCUUCAACUGCUUCAAGUUACUAUUAUGAAAUUAUUCAUGUUCCCAUGGUGGAUUACAUAGAUGUGUGUCUGGUAAACACUGGCAACGGAAUACCCUUCAUUUCUGCGUUAGAGUUACGGCCGUUGGACGACACCGAAAUAUAUCAAAUGCGAAAAAACGAGGCAAAGAGAACCGUUAGGAGAUAUGACGUUGGUGGCCAACAUAAUCAACAGGGUACUGGCAGUAUCAGGUACCCUGGUGAUUCCUAUGAUCGCAUUUGGAUUGAUCUCAACUUCGAUGACUGGAAUCGCAUUUCCACAGACUCAACCAUAUACGCUCCAAACAUCGAUGAUGGUAAUUAUAAAGUGCCAGAUGAAGUGCUGAAGACUGCUGCAACAUCCCAGGAUGCUAUGAGUCCUUUGAGUUUGUUUUUCAACCCUCAGAUUCUACUUCUCAAUGCUAUGUUUACUUCCACUUUACAGAAAUUCAGAAUCUUUACCAGAAGAGGGUGUUGAUUAUUCAGCUGAACG